AAAGAAAAAUUUUAUUGCUUGUUGACAAUGCUACCUCACAUGCUAUUGACAAUUCCGAAGAGUAUCCAAAUAUUUGUUUACAUUUUCUCCCUGCCAAUACUACUGCGCACUUGCAGCCAAUGGAUGCUGACAUUAUCAAUGCAUUCAAAGCUCAUUAUAAAUGCCUCUAUAUACAUCAAGUAAUUAAUGAUUUUGAUGAAGGUGUUAAAGAACCAGAAAAAAUUAAUGUCCUUCAGGCAAUGAGACUAGUAAAAAGUACGUGGGAUGAAAUAAAAGUAGAGUUAGCAGCUAAUGAAGACUUAGCGAUUCAAGAAGUUCAUAUUUCUGAAAUUGUUACUGCACAAU